AAGUGGGCUGGACUUCUACCUUUCGCUCGGUUGGUUGAGGCCACUAUGUCAGAGGUCAUCGGUGAGCGAGGGGGCACGCCAAUCAAGCGCCUUCAGUACGACCACUCACUGCUGACCAACCUAGUGGAUCGGUGGAGGCCCGAGACUCACACAUUCCACUUUCGUUGGGGAGAGAUGGCCCCUACUCUGCAGGACGUGUCUUACUUACUGGGCCUACCGUUGGCUGGUCGGGCCAUAGGCCCGCUGGCAGAACCAGUGGACUGGGAUGAACAAAUGCCUGCACGUUUUCAGGGAAUUCAUGUGGGUCAGCCUGAUUUUCUCUGUGAGGACCAUGGUCCAAAGUGUGACUGGUUACUCAACUUCGAGGUUUCACAGUUCACAGCACCGAUGAGUGAGGCACAAAUCACUAGGAGUCUCGAGGCAUACCUUCUGUGGCUGCUUGGGAAGGUGAUGUUCACAGAGAACCAUCAGACCACCAUCAGCAGGCGCUACAUCCCCAUUGCGCAGGAGAUAGCAUAGGCUACAACCGCCGACGACAUCAUACCGCGGAGUUGGGGUUCCGCGGUUCUAGCAGCCACGUACCGAGGUUUGUGCAAUGCUUGUACACUUGUCUCCCCCAAGUCUGGCCUUCUUGGCUGCCCACUAUUGUUGCAGCUAUGGUCGUGGGAGAGGUUCCCAAUUGGUCGACCAGACAUAGAUGCUGAACGCCCUUUCGAGGCAACCUGGUUCGAUGAUGCGGACCACAUCGACAUGCCUACGUUUGGUAUAAUUUGGACACGUCGCGAGAGACGAUUUGCUCGCGACCAGGUCAGGAACUGCUACCCUGCGUUCACGGAGCAGUUUGACGUGCUCGAUGAUAGGGCGGUGAUUUGGGAGCCCUAUACGGCGGCAGCAGUGCAUGCAAGAUACCCUGGCGGGAUCUCAGUCCUCUGCUAUAGAGAUUGUGCAUACUGGAUGACACAAUCGAAGAUCAUCUUCGAUGUGUCCGUGGAGGUAAUGGCCCAACAGAGGAUCAUGAGACAGUACGGUUCUCGCCAGAUGGUCGAUCCUCCUCC